CUAUUGUUUUAUUUUUCUCUAAGCGUUCGUAGGGCGUGUCUUGCUCAUUCGAAAUUUAAAUUGCGGAAAACCCUGGUCAUUGGUUAGGCGUCUUAUGACGCAAGCGCAGUACAGCAUAACCAACAUAACCAACUCUAUCGUCAAUAUUCCUAGGAAGACAUUUCGAGUUGCGCGACUGUUUAUUUUAGUUGUCAAUACGAGUUAGAGGUUACUUCGAUACAGGAUGGUUUCAUCUGCAAAACUACGCUUUCCCGUGGUUUUCGGUUCCAUGCUUAUUGGUGUCUAUGUGACAUUUACUAACAGACACUUUUUUUUACAAAACAUAGAAGCAGAACGCGCUGCGUUAUAUCCGGAUAAUCCCGAAGCGCGAAGGCUUCUAGAUGAAGUCAAAGAAGAAGCCAAGCUAGCAAGAAAUAAAUAAUAAUUAAUAUUAAAGCUUCACUUCAAAUUUAGUAAUUUUUAUCAUCUGUUCAUUUUCGCCUAUAAAUAUGCACUGAAUAAACAAAAUUCUGAUAGCUAUUGGAAGUUUCAAUAGAGUUUUGAAAGACACCAUAUGAAAUACAUUGAAACGAUUAAAAAUAUUUUUGAAACGUAUAAUAAAAUUUCGUUAAUAUCUUCACUAGUAACUACAUACUGAUAUUGAUUAAUCAAAUGUAAACAGUACAUAAGAAAUAUAUUUUUCUCAAUUUAAAGUAAUGGUUAUCUCCAAAAGCAGUACUAUGGGCAAACAAGAAAGUUAACAAGUUUUCAUUUUUUGUACAGCUGCAAAAGAUGGAACUACCAAGCGAAAAUUUCUUAGACAUUUUUAUUAUGAAAAGCUAUAAAAUGAUAAAUGGACAAUAAAAUAACCUUCACGUAACCUACUAUAUUCAAACUGUCUAUACCUUCAACCGAAUAUACUUUGUUGAUCGUGCAUCACGAAUGCUAAUUAUUCGUCCCUGGGCAGAAUUGUCAAGUAAUUGAUAGCGGAAUAAAUUUCUUAUUUCGAGGCUAACCAAUCUAAUGCAUUUGACAUCAUGAAAUUUCCCCAAAACCAUGGAAUUUACAUUGAGCGGAUACAUAACGUAUUACAUCACAAUAAAAUUUGCCUUUCAUACAACAGAAAAUGUAUAAUUCAGCAUUGACCUAAUUGAGCUCUUAUUGACUUCCCAUUUUGCAUUAGAAUUCAGAGCGCAUGUAUCUCAUUCGAAAGACAUUGCGCAAUCAGUCGAAACUUGAAUUCCCGUUCGAUUAAAAUUCCAAAAGAGAUGUGGAAGCAUGCGCUUCCUUUAUACAAGAAGCCGUACAGUAUAUUGUACCGUAUUCUUUAUUUACAAAAAAAUGUGUUGCUAAAAUUGAAUCGAUACAGGAUAGUAAUGAAGCAAUUAAGUGAUUAUAUAACAGAAUUAUUCCCACAAACGAACACAUGGAGUCCAAAAUUAAAAUUGGUGAGAAAGCAUUGCACACUGACUAUGUGAACUUUAUUGGGUUAAUUAAUAAUCGCAAUGCAAUUUUUUUCCAAUGGAACGCUUUCCAAUUCCUUUUUGAGUAUUGACAUGACAAUUGAAAACUUUUGUUUCGCGCAACGCACAACACGUGCUCGCAUUCAUGAAAUGUGCAUGACAUACGGGAAUAUUAAUUCCGUAUCGAUCUUUAUUCGACAAUUUUCAAAUCAUCAUAAACCAAUAACAAUCUACGAGAAGUACGUGAAAUUAUUCUCGAGAACCUGUAUUUUGAUUCUUCUCUUCCUAGAUCCGAGCACGCCCAUGUCUUUAAAAAAAUGCAUCCUAAGACAGGAAGGCAGUAUCAGUUUGUAUAUUUGCAAUCCUCGAGAACUUGCUUCUGCUCCAAUGGAAUCUUGCUGUUAUGAUGCCGAGAUGGAUUAUCACUAUUGCUGUCCAGUCAACGAAUUACGACAUAUGUCCCACACGACUAGAGUCACGGGCAGUAUAACGGCAGCUGUGAUAUUGCUUAUAUGCAUAGCACUAUUUUGCAUAUUCUCUUCGAGAUGUCCCUUGAGAAAAGUGUUUUUGAAUCGACGUUCACGAGGCGCUGGUAAAUUUCUAUAUAUUUUUUUCUUACACGACAAAUUUUACGUACUCCUUGUUUGAUUAUUAAUUUAUUGACUUACUGUCACGUGCACCUUAAAACAAAUAAUUUGUAUUUCUGAUAUUUUUUUUGUAGAUAAUAUCUUCUGCUCAAAUCAUGACUUUUGCUAUUGAUAUAUUAUUAUAAGAACUUGAUAUAUUACUUUCUAUCUUGAAU